CACUGCGCACGCGCGGUAGCCGGCGAGUCUCUCUCGCUCUCCCGUUGCCAAGAUGGCGGACGACAGUGAGGCAGCAGUGAAGCGGCCGCCGGGGGAGGAGAACGUCCACGGGCACUGCAGCGACUGCGAGAACGAGGCCGAGCACAGCCACAACCGAGGAGGCCUCAGCCCUUCCGAUGACAGUGCGGGGAAGCAGAAGAAGAAGAAACCGAAACAGAAGAAAGAAAAGGGGGAGCAGAUUGAUUUGGCUCAAGACCAAUCAGCCAAGGUCAAUUCGUUGCCCUUGCAGGUCAAUUCGUUGCCUGCAGAAAGGAUCCAGGAGAUUCAAAAGGCCAUCGAACUCUUCUCAGUAACUCAUGGACCUGCCAAGACAAUGGAGGAAGCCACCAAGCGCAGCUACCAGUUCUGGGACACCCAGCCGGUCCCCAAGUUAGGAGAAGUAGUGAACACGCACGGGCCCGUCGAACCAGACAAGGACCAGAUCCGCCAGGAGCCCUACACCUUGCCUCAGGGCUUUAUGUGGGAUGCCCUGGACUUGGGGGAUCGAGGUGUGCUCAAAGAGCUGUACACCCUACUCAACGAGAACUACGUGGAAGACGACGACAACAUGUUCCGGUUUGAUUAUUCGCCAGAGUUCCUCUUAUGGGCCUUGCGUCCUCCCGGCUGGCUCCCCCAGUGGCACUGCGGCGUGAGAGUCAUCUCGAGCAAGAAGUUGGUGGGCUUCAUCAGUGCUAUUCCAGCAACUGUUCACAUAUAUGAGGUGGAAAAGAAAAUGGUGGAGAUAAACUUCCUGUGUGUGCACAAGAAGCUGCGUUCCAAGCGGGUGGCGCCAGUUCUCAUCAGAGAAAUCACCCGACGGGUGCACUUGGAGGGGAUUUUCCAGGCUGUGUACACUGCAGGGGUGGUGCUUCCAAAACCGGUGGGGACCUGUCGGUAUUGGCACCGGUCCCUGAAUCCACGCAAGCUGAUCGAAGUGAAGUUUUCCCACCUGAGUAGGAACAUGACUAUGCAGCGAACUAUGAAGCUUUAUCGGCUACCAGAGACUCCCAAGACUCCAGGGCUGCGGCCGAUGGAGCACCGAGACAUCCCUGCUGUGCACAGACUCCUGGCCGAAUACCUGAAGCAGUUCCACUUGACCCCGGUCAUGAAUCAGGAGGAGGUGGAGCACUGGUUCCUGCCCCAGCCCAACAUCAUCGACACCUUUGUGGUUGAGAAUGCCAGUGGAGCGGUGACUGACUUCCUGAGUUUUUACACCCUGCCCUCCACGAUCAUGAACCAUCCCACUCACAAGAGCUUAAAGGCAGCCUACUCUUUUUACAACGUCCACAGCAAGACCCCACUCCUAGACCUCAUGAACGAUGCCCUCAUAUUGGCCAAGCUGAAGGGCUUUGAUGUUUUCAAUGCACUGGACCUCAUGGAGAACAAGACUUUCCUGGAGAAGCUGAAAUUCGGGAUCGGAGAUGGAAACUUACAGUAUUACCUUUACAAUUGGAAAUGCCCCAGCAUGGGGCCAGAGAAGGUGGGCCUGGUGCUGCAGUAGUGAGUCGUACCCAGAGAAGGGCAGGCGGAGCCACCGAAGAGCCGGGCCAGAUGGGAAGGAUUGGUCCUCGUGGUUCCUUUUCCCACAGAGGUGUGGACCUUUUGCAGAAGAGGCCGCGCCUGCUGGCCUGGCCACAGGAACCAUCCACUGACACACCUGGUGAUUGUCUCGUGGGCCUCGGAGCACCCCGGCCCGUCGGCACCCGCGGUUGGCCUCUCACCCCUGCCCCCCCCCCCAACCCCCGGUUAAUCGCAUCUUCGUACAAAUACGAUCAGGGGAAUGUAACUGUUGAAAAUUGGUUCACGAUUGACAUAGAUUGGAGUUAACGGGUGAAUAGUAAUAAAUAAAUAUAUAUAUAUAUAU